AUGUACCCCAAAGACUUCCCUGGUACUACCGAUCCAUUCGUCGCUGAAGGAUGGAUCCGAUCGUUGGAAGCGAUCUUUCGGUAUAUGAACAUGGCAGAUGCUGACAAGAUUCAUUGUGCCAUUUUUUUGCUAAGGGAUGAUGCCUCCUUAUUGUGGGAGGGAGCUGAAAGAGGGGUUAACCUGAAUACCUUGACUUGGGAAGACUUCAAGAGGAUCUUCUAUGAGAAGUAUUUCACAGCUGAUGUGAGGUCAAGACUGAAGAGAGAGUUCAUGAGUCUCCGACAGGGAGACAUGGCAGUUGCUGAGUUCGUCAAGAAGUACGAUAGGGGGUGCCACUUCGUGCCCCUAAUCGCCAAUGAUGUUGCUGAGAAGAUGAUACAUUUUUUAGAUGGACUCAGGCCUGCCAUUCGACGAGACGUUCUACUGGCUGAUCCUACUGAUUAUAAUGAUGUAGUUACUAGAGCCUAUCAAGCAGAGCAACCUCUAAAAGAUAUAGCAUGGGAGAUGCAGAGGAAGAGGCCACCACCACCACAGUAA